AGCCUUUCUGUUUUGAAAAUCAUCAAGGCGCUAAAUGUAACCAAGGACGUGAAUGUCAAAUAAAAGAUCGCAUUUAAAUUAGCACACGUUCAUCCGGCAUCAGGGCUUAAUGAGAAAAGAAUUGACACAAGCCCUUUGGUGAGGAACUAAAGAAGUAUGGAGCCAAAAAAUCCAGGGGCUACUGACACCAGUACUUCGGAAAAAACGGAGAACAUCACCCAAGAUUACGAAACGUUUUCGCGCUAUCACUUCAGCGCUAUCGACUUCGAAAUUGCAGACAUCUGUCUUGGUUGGUACAUACUAAUUUGUGUGUUAAACGCUCUCUUUUCCAUCGCUGCUUCGCUUGCCAAUCUAUUGGUUCUUGUCGCCAUUCGAAGGACUCCUUCGCUUCAUUCUCCGUCGAACGCGCUCCUCUCUGGUCUAGCGCUGUCUGACCUUGGAGUUGGCGUGAUUGUUCAUCCCCUGUUCUUCGCGCAAAUGUUGGGAAAAGUGACCCAAAACAAAGACAUUUUCUGCGAAGCUGGAAUCACAGUAGAAGUAACAGCAAACGCUUUGUGUAUCAUUUCUCUUUUGACUGUAAUAGCGGUUAGCCUGGACAGGUAUUUGGCUCUUCGCCUCCACCUUAGAUACAAAGAAUUUAUCACAAUCAAACGUGUAAUAAUCGUUUUGGUAAUCAUCUGGAUUAUCGGGGCUUUUUCUGGUACACUAUGGCUCUACAAACCUGACAUGGUCAAAGGGAAUGCGAUCAUAAUAAUUUUGGUAUGUUUUUCAGCCGCUUCGUUCUGUUAUUUUCAAAUUUAUCGCGUUGUUUCACGGCACUAUCAUCGCGAAGUGAAGUUGAAAUGUUCCUUGGAACAGGGAGGCACCAGAGAACAGACAAUGAACAUGGCGAGUUUCACAUCUCACGCUCUAAGUACAUUCUGGGUGUAUUGUUCUAUCAUCGUCUGCUAUUUGCCAUAUUUAUGCGUUGUGGCCGCAAUAACUCAGACUAGCUUAACACUUGGAAUUAGGUUUGCGUACGAUACAACAGCCACCCUUGUUUUCAUAAACUCUUCCCUCAACCCUUUGUUUUAUUGUUGGCGUUUGCAAGAUAUUCGUAAUGCGGUGAGAAAAACUUCGAAACUAUUUGUCCAGUGCAGAUCCAAUAAUACAAUUAAUACGAGUGGAUGAGUUGAAACUCAAAACAGUUUUGAGGGCACUAAUUCUUUUAUUAUUUUUUGAUAAUUUAUUCUAUUCAGAGAUACUUGUAAGCACUUGUCUCUAGGCUAUUACGUUUCAGUUGUAAUUGCGUCAUGGAAUAGAUAUAUGAAAUUUCGUUGGUUUUUCCCCUUAAAUCUGUCAAAUGCUAAAACUUCCUGAUUCUUGUGUUUGUUUGUUUUUUUCUGACCUUUUUAAAAAAGAUUUUCAGUACGAAUGCUUCAAUAACUUCACCUUCUCAUUUUCUGCGUUUUCAUUAAAAAAGAUGUUUGCAUUAAGUGUUCCCUUCCUAGGAUCAACAGAUAGACAACUUGCAGCUUAUU